GGAUAUAUUUUAUUGAAAAAAUAUCGCAACACGAAUGUUAAAAGUGCAAAUAUUUCGAAGAUUUACGUGACCCAGUAGGCCGCCAUAUUGGAUUUUCUGAAUUCGAAAAAAAAAAAAAAAAAGAAAAAAAGCAUGGCAACGUACCAGAUUCCAGCACCAGAACCAAUGAAUUGCAAUGGCGAUGUCGCAAACAACUGGAAGAGUUUUCAUGAAGCAUAUGAAGAUUAUUUAAUAGCAACAGGCUUAGAUCAGAAAGACAAGAAAGUUCAAGUGGCCACGUUGAAAAGUCUAAUGGGAACUGAGUGCAAGAAAAUACUUAAAAGACUUCAAUUAUCAGAGGCCGAUAUGAAAGAUCCAGCUAUUAUUCUUGCAAAGCUGCAAGACCAUUUCGUACCAGUACGAAAUAUUCUGUAUGAGAGAUAUAUUUUCCAUAACACUGAACAGCAAGUACAUGAAACUAUUGACCAGUUUCUUAUAAAGCUCAGGCAAUUAGCUGAGCCAUGUAACUUUGGAACACUAGAAGAUGAGAUGGUGAGAGACCGUCUGGUUCUUGGCUGUCGGGACAGUGCGGCCAGGACCAGGCUUUUCCGCGAGAAAGAUUGCACUCUCAAGAAAGCUAUAGAGUCCCUUCGUAUAAGUGAGACCACAAGUGAACAACUGAAGAAAAUAGAGAGAGAAGACAAUCAAGAGCCUGUCAAUUAUGCUCAGAGACAAGAUGCAAAGAAACAGAAUGUUUCAAAAUCAGUAGAUCGACAAAGAAAAGAGAGCGGGAACCAACUUAAACAAGGUGGCAAAUGCAAGUAUUGUGGUGGAGCUCAUGAACGGGACAAACAUAAGUGUCCAGCCUUUGGCAAGUCGUGCCGAAAGUGUGGAAAGGCAAAUCAUUUCCAAUCAGUUUGCAUGCAGAAGCAAGGAGUUAACCUUAUGAAUGAAGAAUCAUCAGAUGACGAGUAUGCCUUUUAUGUCGAAACUGUUGACGCAAUAAGACAUGUAGAAAGAAAGCGUUAUUUUGUAUCCCUUUCCUUUUGGGAUAAGGACGGUGGUUAAAGUCAAAUCCAAUGCCAGCUUGACACAGGAGCC